GGAACCAAAAUAAAUCAAAUCAAUCCUUACUAGAAGUAAGAGUUCAAAUUCUCAACAGCACCAACUCCAUAGUAAAUCGUAUUGGAACUGUUCCCCCACACGUAUCGAGUCUCUGAGAUGAGACCCAUGUACGACAGUGUCCUCAUACGCAGCCAUUGACGCUGCCACUUGACUGCUGAUGCCUUUUUUCUUUCCUCCCUCAGUUUCUAUCACCCCUCAAUCGCUAUCACUAUCUCCAUCCAAAUGGAGGCUACUAUCGCUACCGUCCAGAUACCUGAUGCGGAACGUAUUGUGCGACGAAUCGAUCUUCCAGCAAUGCAACAUGGCCCAUUGUAUCGCUUGAUGUUUCCUCCCUGGGCAGACAUGACAGAAGCUCAACAGACUGAGAUUGUACAAUGGUAUGCCGAAGGGUUGAGGGAUGCCUUGAGACGGCAGACAGACAAGUUCCUUCAAAUAUGUGCUACUGAUGGCACCCCGCUAGGUUUCUGUGGGUGGGCGAUGGAAAAUCGGCGACAUACCGUGACGAAAUCAGGUAAUCCUGUUCAACAUGCCCAGGGGCGGCGUCUCGUCCCGGAAACUUUGGAACUCUCUGCAUGGUUAAGUAUCUCGAGGGAUUUGAGAAAAGAGCGGGAACGAGUCUUGAUAGGAUUGGGCGAAGUUUGCCGUUUGACAUUCAUGUCGGUGCAUCCCGACCAUCAGCGUCAGGGCCUUGGCUCUAAGAUGUUGGAGCGAGUCUGUGAGGAAAUAGACAGACUGGGGUGGCCUGCUUUCGUCAUGGCUUCCCCAGCUGGGGUUCGAUUAUAUGCAAAGUUCGGGUUCGAUAUUGUCGGCAGAGUGGAAACAAGCGAGGGUGAAUUUACAAGUAUGCUCCGCCAAUCUCGGCCUCGAUGUAAGCGGCUCUGAUAGACGUCGUAGUCCCCACGAGCCUUUUGCUUCGUUCUGACCUUAGCAACAAAGGACCGAGCGAUGUCCCCAGUCUCCGAGAAGAGUUCCAACACUAGGUACGUUGGAAAGGCCUCUACCACGCCAGAUGUUGGAUUCUGGAAAUUUCACGAUGUUGUUUGGACGAAUUUGGGGGCGCAGAAAUGUUGGUGGUUCUAUUUCUCAUAUCGUUCAUUUCUGUGUACAAGGAUUUGAGUCGACAUUUGAGGGCGAUAUGCUCUUUCAAUAAGAGCUUUACCGUCCCUUAUCACGUGUUGGUAUAGAUUCAAUUAGGAUAUAAGACUCAAUUUCCCAA